AUGACACGGGUACUUCGAAGAGCUGCGUCGGCCUAUGCCACGCGCCCUCCGAGUAGACUCGCUAGGUUAAAACGUCGCAAACACAGGGUUAUCAUGGAGAGUGUCACUCAAGAGAAAAAGAAGCUUCGCAGCGUUAUUUCCUUCGAAGCGCAAGCACCUCCUGGCUAUACGUUUAUUCCUGCGGGUAAUCCUCAGUUUACAGAUGCCUGUAAAGAGAUAUGUCGGAGAGAUGGCCUCAAGGUGUUCGCUGUCACGACCACUCCCCAUCAACGUAUGCAUAAUCUCUCGCAACAGGUUCACAGGAUUGGGUAUCACUUUCCCAGUGCUGUGGUUGCGACUGUCUGUAUGGACUUGGGUCUGUACCUUACCUCGAGCGGGAAAGUGAUGCCUUUCCAAGGCAUUACCAGUCAUAGGUCCCACAUGCGAGCUGCCUCAGAAGUCUCCCAGACCACAAUCAAUACCGAAGCGAGGGAUGUGAUUCGAGAUCUGUUUCCAAACAUACCUGAAAAGGAUCUGAAUCAGAUCAUCAAGACAGCAUUUCAAAAGGGCCAACGAAAGGUUGGUACGGCAGUCGAGCUGCCCCUUGCACGCCGUGCUCAGCUGGCGGUGGUUGCUCAUAUCAGACAUAUCUACACGAAUUAUGACCGUCUCCUGAAGAAGACAUCUUUUCAAGAAGCUAGAAGCCUUGUCGAAGACCCUACAUUGGCAAAGCUGGUAGAAUGGAGAGGUGAUGAUGAGAACGGGAAGACUGUCCUAGAAGAUGUCUUUCGAGAAGUCAUUGUAAUUUCCGAUGACGAGGACAGCGAUGCAGAAAGUGACCCAGGGACUGCAUACAACGACCGGGACACAAGUAUUGAAAUACUUUCAAGCAAUACCGCUGCCGGGGAGUUGCAGACCAAGCCAUUGGACUACGCUGACAGAUCUCUCCGAGAGGCUCCCGUGGAUCUUGCUGACGAUGAUGCCCCUCCUGGUUUUCGAUUUGUCCCGGCACCCCCAAAAAGGACCAGAUCACGCAAUGACAGGAUUGACCGCCGUGGCUUUAGUCGUUACGAGGCCUGGAAUCGGGCCAGAUUUCGUUAUCGAGAGAAGGCCCUUGCGGAUCAUCAAGCUAAUACUCAUGUCCGAACAGUUCACAACUCAGGCUCCUCUUAUGUUGGAGGGCCACUAUCUGCCUCUGAGCGGCCGGUCUAUGGAGAUUUGCUGUCACCAAAUGCUAAUGCAUUAGAGCGGCGUCCCUUCACUAGUCGACAUGUUCACCCUCUCCCGUCUGCCAGUGUCCCACUCUCCGUUGAUGGUCGCGGCACAUCAUUUCCAACCAGGAGCCAACCCCAGCGCCCACCAGGGACCAUUAUACCCUAUCGGGAUAACUUGGAAAUGAAGCCACAGGAUAGGGCACUACCUUCCAUCGAGGACCCUCAAUCUCCAUCCUCCGCAGUUAAGAGUCCGGGAGACGGCGGGAUUUACGGUUCCAUCAAAAGGCGUUCAGAUGCAAUACAGCCUUCUUCACUAACCUCAAUAUCCAGGCCCCACGAGAGAGAAUCCACUAUUAUUGAUCUCACUAGUAUGAGGGACGUAAUGCCAAAACGGAGACGAGUUGAAUGCCAGGAGCCUGCACGCGAUGUAUCCGGCUUUGGAUCCUCUAGAGUGGAUGGCCAUAUUUCCGAUCCUGUUCCCUGUAUCUCCUUGCUGUCGCCUGAUUCUGGACGCCGGGCAGUUCCAGGUUACAAUAGCCAGACCCGCAGCCAGCACUUGAGUCCUGAUACAAGAUAUCAGCGAGCACCGCGUUGCCUGGAGAGGGUCCCUCUUCGCAGAGUCUCACCACCAUCUCGACUACCUGGAGCCAACGUAGUACGCUAUGCUGACUCUGAAUAUGUCAACCGCCAGGACAUUACUAUCCCAUUGUCUCGAGAUGGUUUAAAUGCGUCCUCCAAUCAGACCACUUCUCAGCCAAAUUACGGCCCCAGACAGGACAGGUUACUAAACACCUUGGAUACAUAUCCACGACCAGAUCGUCUCUAUCAAAUAGACCAAGGACCUCCCAAUACUAGCCGGAGGAUAUCCUUCGAAGAGACAGAAUUGCGAGGUACUACUAUGCGCCGGCCAGAAGUAAUUACGACUUCUCGCGGUCUAGACCAUGGCCAGAACAGAAAUGACAUCUAUUCGCCUGACUUCGUGCGGCCUGUUAGUAUCCAUGGUCCUUUAGCGCCUUCUUACAGGUUGGCGCACCGAGACACCGCGCCCAAUCGGGAGGUUGAGCCUGUAUCUAGUCGUCCGACUAGAUAUUCUCCCAUCGUUCCUGGUCGAGAACAACACAGACCACGUCGGGAGAUGAUCUCUCAAUUGAAUCCAAAUCGUUCUUCGCAGCAGGCUCCCAUCGAUCUGAGUUCCGAGAGGCUGCACCGCAUCCGAGAGAAGAUGCCGAUUCUCCAGGAUAGCAUACCUGUUGGCCGCAGUAGGUAUGCGGCACCCGUCGUGAGUCAAUAUGACGCUUCGCGUGGCGCUAUCAUAGACUCUACACGGUACAGUUACGCCCUGCCUCGUAUAGAGGACCUCGCGAUUAGAUCGUCUCGGAACUUCCUGGGUUCGUGA